AAUUAUCCUCGUGCCAAGUAAUGGGUUGAGCGAAGUUCAUGGAAACGUUAUGACCUUUUAUUUGCCUCGGAGGCGCCUGUUACCUCUAGGAAAGUUAUCUCUUUCAGCUGCCGUUGUUCUCUUCAUAUACUUUUGGUUGCCGAUAGGAGACAAACCCGAAAAAGUACACCCAAGGCUGAACCGUACAAAGCUUGAAUAUUUUAAGAAGUUCCCACCACAAACCCUACCAGCAUAUUCCUGUCCUUCUUCUGGUGCAGCAUUCGAGAACUUUAAUGAGUCUUUUCUGAAAUCUUUUUGGAAAAAUCACUCGCAGACUGAUCAAAAAAUUUUGGUUUUUGUGGAAACUCUUUACUCAAAACUCGGCAGGCAAAUAGUCAAUAUUUUGAACGCAGCGAAAGUUUCAUACAAGGUCGAUUCACUGACGAAAAAUGUUCCACUACUGGCAAAUGCAAAGCGUGGUCGAUUUGCUGUUAUUAUAUUCGAAAACUAUUACAAAUAUCUAAACUUACCAUCUUGGAAUCGUCAACUUUUGGAUAAGUAUUGCCGAGAUUAUGAUGUGGGGUUGAUUGGAUUUUUAGCCAGUCACCCCACAGACUACAUACGCCUUAAAAUUAAGGAUUCUUCACUAACGUUAAGACAGAAGCAGUAUGCAACGAAUUUCCGUUUUGACCGAAGAUCUCAUAUUACUUAUAUCGCAAGGUCUGGGCCAGUGCUAGAGGUUGCAACUCCUCAUAAUGGUGAUUGGGUGCUGUUUGAAAAGUCUGACGGUUACGAAAGUAUCAUCACUGCAGAAGAUAAUGAGGGUAAUGAAAGAGCUGCCGUUAUAUGGGAUCAGGGCAACUCAGAUAAAAUCCAUCGAGUGCUGUUUGGUCAUGGGCUUUCCUAUUGGAUGAAUGAAGUGGCAUUUAUUGAUUCGUUAAGGUUCAUGAGUAAAGGUAAGUUUGACCUUGGACUAGAUCGUUUCAUUCAAAUUGACGUCGAUGAUGUAUUCGUUGGCGCGAGUGGAGGACGUAUAAUUCGUAGUGAUGCUGAUGCCCUGCUCGAGUCCCAAAAUCGCUUGAGGAAAAAGAUUGAUAAUUUUACCUACUGUCUUGGUUUUUCGGGCUAUUACUUUCACAGCGGAGAUCGUCUUGAAGAUGGCGGCGAUGAACGGCUUAUUGAACUUGCUGAUAAUUUCCUUUGGUUCCCUCAUAUGUGGAAACAUAAUCACGCGCACGAAUAUAAUCUCACUUAUUUGGAAGCUAUAAUGGCUCAAAAUAAAUUAUUUGCUCAGGGGAUGAAGUUGCCAGCAUUUUCGCACUAUUCAGUAUCACCGCAGCAUGCGGGUGUUUAUCCACUUCACGAGGCCUUAUAUACGGCGUGGCAAAAAAUUUGGGACGUAUGGGUCACUUCUACCGAGGAGUAUCCUCAUCUGAGACCAGCAUCUUCUAGACGCGGAUUCAUUCACAGAAAUAUAUCGGUGUUACCUAGGCAGACUUGUGGCUUGUAUACGCACACUCAUUUCUUUCAUGCCUAUCCAGGUGGUUUCUCCAAGCUUUUAGCUAAUAUUGAAGGCGGCGACUUGUUCUUCAGUAUUUUAAUUAAUCCGUUUUCGAUAUUUAUGACUCACCAACAGAAUUAUGCGAAUGAUCGGUUGGGGACUUUCACUUUUGAACGUGUUGUUGACUUUAUAAACUGUUGGACUAAUCUGCGUUUGAAGUGGGUGGAACCAGUGACAUUAGCCAAGCUGUAUUUUGAAAGGUUUUCUACAGAGAAGUUGCCAGUGUGGGGAAAUCCUUGCACUGAUGACAGACACGUCAAGAUUCUUCCAGCUGAGUAUAACUGUAGCCAUAUGUCUUUGCCAAAUAUUCUUAUUGUGGGACCUCAGAAAAGUGGUUCUACUGCUUUAGCUACUUAUUUAGCUUUGCAUCCAGGUUUUGUUACAAAUGGUCCAAUUCCAGUGUCAUUUGAAGAGUUGCAGUACAUGAACCAAUUUCUCAAUAGAACCUCUUCUAACCAGCUGGUUUUUGAGAAAAGUGCAACAUACUUUGAUAAUCCAGAGGCUCCCCGGACAGCAGCUGCACUCUUGCCAAAAGCAGAUAUCGUUAUACUGCACGACCCGGCGCUGCGUGCCUACUCGUGGUACCACCAUAUGAGGGCUCAUAAUAAUACGAUUGCAUUAGACUACAGUUUGAACGAAAUCCUUGCAUCGGAUUCCACAGCUUCAUUGUCGAUUCGACGGUUAAAGCAGCGAUGUACAUCCCCUGGAAGGUACGCUCAUCAUAUCGAAAGAUGGCUGGAUUAUUUCCCACUUAGUCAAAUGCAUUUUGUUGAUGGACAGACUCUUCGCGAAAACCCCGCUCAAGCUCUAGCCCAGCUUAUUGCUUCUCUCCAUAUGACAGAUUUUCCUUUUGAUCAGUUGUUGAAAUAUGAUGACGCAAAAGGCUUUUUUUGUGUUGCAGGCCCGAACGGUAAGAAUAAGUGUCUAGGAGCAAGCAAAGGCCGUAAGUACCCGCCAAUGGAAAAGGAAUUAAGAGAGCAGCUUGAUCUAAUAUACAAAGACGAUAAUAUUGCAUUGGCCCGGUUUUUGGACAGAAAUGAUCUGCCAGCGCCAAACUGGCUCAAGAGUUCUCUUACUCAUACCCAGUAAUU